AUGGCGACUUCUUCCAACAACAACAACAACAACAACAAUCUGGCGGUCCUAACGGCGCUGGACAACGCCCGGACCCAAUGGUACCACGUCAAGGCCAUCAUCAUCGCCGGGAUGGGGUUCUUCACCGACGCAUACGACCUCUUCUGCAUCACCGCCGUCUCCAAGCUCCUCGGCCGCCUCUACUACUACGACCCGGCCGCCGGGCAGCCCGGGAAGCUGCCCCAGUUCGUCAACAACACGGUCAGCGGCGUCGCCUUGGUCGGGAUGUUCUGCGGGCAGCUGUUCUUCGGCUGGCUCGGGGACAAGCUCGGCCGGAAGAGGGUCUACGGGAUCACCCUUGUCAUCAUGGUGGUUUGCGCCGUUUGCUCUGGGAUCUCGUUCGGUUCAACCACCAAGUCGGUUAUUGGGUCGCUCUGCUUCUUCAGGUUUUGGUUGGGAUUUGGAAUCGGCGGCGACUACCCGCUAUCCGCGACGAUCAUGUGCGAGUACGCCAACAAGAAGACACGCGGCGCGUUCAUCGCGGCGGUCUUCGCCAUGCAAGGCGUGGGGAUCAUCUUCGCCGGACUUGUCUCCAUGAUCAUGGCCAAAAUCUUCCUCGUCGAAAAUCCCGCCCCGACAUUCACGGAGAACGAGAUCCUAUCCACGCAGCCUCAGGGCGACUUACUGUGGCGGCUCGUCCUCAUGCUCGGCGCCCUGCCGGCGGCGCUGACCUACUACUGGCGGAUGAAGAUGCCGGAGACCGGGAGGUACACCGCCCUCAUCCGCGGCAACGCCGAGCAGGCCGCCAAGGACAUGACACGUGUCCUCAACAUGGAGAUCGAGGAGGAACAAGACAAAGUGAUCGAGUUCAAGCAGUCCAACAUGUACCCGAUCCUGUCCAACGAAUUCUACAGCCGCCACGGGCUCCACCUGGUGGGGACCAUGUCCACGUGGUUCUUCCUCGACAUUGCGUUCUACAGCCAGAACCUGACGCAGAAGGACAUAUUCCCUGCGAUGGGCCUGGUCAACAAGGCCCAAGACGUCAAUGCCUUGGAGGAAGUGUGGGAGACUUCGCGGGCCAUGUUUCUGGUGGCGCUUUUGGGGACGUUCCCCGGGUACUGGUUCACCGUGGCGUUUAUCGAGAAGUUGGGCCGCUACGUCAUCCAAUUGUUGGGCUUUCUCAUGAUGUCGAUCUUCUUGUUGAUAAUGGGGAUCAAUUAUGAGUACUUGAGGGACAACAACAAGGGCCUGUUUGCUCUUACUUAUGGGCUUACGUUCUUCUUUGCGAACUUUGGGCCCAAUUCGACUACGUUUGUCUGGCCCGCGGAACUGUUCCCAACUCGGCUGAGGUCCACGUGUCACGCGCUGAGCGCGGCGGCGGGAAAAGCUGGGGCGAUGAUAGGCGCGUUUGUGGUGCAGUCGUAUACGUUGGAUGAGAACGUGGGGAGGAUUCGACACGCGCUGAUGGUGUUGGCAUUUACGAAUAUGUUGGGAUUCUGCUUCACGUUUAUGUUGCCGGAGACGAAAGGGAUGUCGUUGGAGGAGAUUUCCGGGGAGGACGGUGGCGGCGGGGCUGGCCGGAAGGAACCCCGGUGGGGGGUUAAAUCGCCUGAAAUUCCGGUAGUUUAA